AUCAAACACUAUAGAAGACCCCGUGACGGCCAAGAAAUACGCCCAUUGUCCUAAUAUGCAUGUCUCGCCUCUCACUACAGGCUGUGUGGACCUCAGCUUCAAGGAAUUAUCCCCUUUGCCGAAACCACUGCCAUUUGAACGAACAGACAAAUCCCAGCGUGACGGUCUUUAGAAAAUUGAAGCCUUUUAUACGUGCAGCUCCGUCAUCAGCCAUUCAAAACACUCAUCACGAUGCAAUCUCACAGACGGGAUAAAGUGUCUCUGGAGGCGGCACUGGACGAAGAGCGACGUGAGAUCUUGGAGCUUUUGGAAGGCCGGAGGUCGUCCAAACAGUCGAGUUCUACGAAAAAGGAUGCCCGUACAACGCCCACCGCCGUCGUGCGAAGCAUGCUAGAUGUCUCCCCCGAUGCCCCGCCUCCGCGUUGUGGCUCAACAACCGCUGGAGCUGGUGGAACAGCGCUCUCGGGCCGGAGACUAUCACUACCUAAACGAAGCUUUAGCGGGGUCCCUUCACCACCGUCUCCGUUGCGAACUUCUCGUUCCGCAACUGAUUCACCGACAGCUUCCGAAGCUGCCUCGAGCGACACAGCAUUGACCCAACGCAGGGCAUCUGAUGGCACAGACCACAUUCCUAGUCCAAGGAGGAAAGUAAUAGGAGACAAGCGGGGAUUGGAUCUCAGGGACUACAAGUUCGAUAUGCAAUCCAGCAUUCCGAACCAGGAGCAAUCAAAGCGCGCCUCGCAGGGUGGUAAGAAGGUUUCCAGCAACAAGGGACUUCACUAUCGAAGCUCAUUGACAGCUGUGGUGGCGAGGGCUAAUCCCACACUUCGAACAGGACCAACUGGGGGAACAGAGCCUGGCCGACCCAGUUCCAGGCUCUCGACUGUGUCUAUUCCGCGGCUGGAUAGAUCAGCUUCGCCCAUCAGUCGUACGCCAAGCCAGAGUUCAUUAAAUCUUGCGCCACCUACCGGGAAGCUUGUUACGGAUAAUGGGAAGUUGAUCGAUAUGGACCGUGCAUACACGCGUCUGUCGGACACUGCGCUGGCGGGGUCCAGUGGCAGUCUGUCCAACCUUGCGAGGGGCAGCGUGGAAUCUGUCAGCGAGGAUGGCGACGUGCGUCUAGAGAAGGACUACAUUGAAGGCGGGGAGAAUGGUUCCGGAACGAUCGACACCAGCGAGGAGGAGAUCGACGACACAAGCUCCGGGGAAGAUGAUCCUGGAACGCAUCGGGGAAGGCGUCGUAGCAGGAAAAAGCUCACAGACUCGUCUACUGCCUCUGAGCACAGUGAAGGAGAGGGGAAUGGUGUUGUCGCAGGAAGCGCAGAACCGAAAACUCUCCUUGAGGCGGCAGAAGAAGAGCGCCAGAAGGUUGAAUCUGCAAACAAGGACAAAUCUCCUUCGCGUUCGGACUCGUCAAAAUCAUCAAUGAGCGCUGCUGAGAAGUCUUCCUCCAAAAAGGGCGGCGUUCAUCCGCGUACUAGUUUCGACUACACAGCUUCGACUGUCAAUACCCCGUACGGAUCAGACGAUGAAGCAGAUCUGUCCGAUAUUAAACAAGCCCAAAACCUGAGUAUUCAUCUCUCUACCAUCGACACCUCGGUGCCUAACAGGGCCAUUCGCACCGUGAUCCGCGGUGACUUCACCCGACUACAGCAAGAAGCGAACGAGGGGAAGCGGCGACAGCGGAAAUAUUUGGUGGCAACAGACCUUAGUGAUGAAUCAGUCUACGCGCUUGAGUGGACAAUAGGUACUAUUCUUCGAGAUGGUGACACACUCUUUGCCGUCUACGCCGUCGAUGAAGAGGUCGGUACUGGGAAGGAUGCAGAACUCGGAGCUGGAGUGCAAUCCGUGCAGAUCGGAGAGGGGGCAAAAGCGAUGCAAGAUUCUGCCGCGAUUGUUGGAUCCCAGACAGAAAAGACAGCCAUCAGCGCAGCCACGUCAUUCCUGCCACAUGUGCUGGCCGCUCGGCUUGGUACUUCUGAGAGUAGGAGUGGCUCGGUCGAUACACGGGGUCUUUCCAAGGCCGAGCUGGAGCGCAUCCAUGCUGUCGAAAAGAUCUCACAGACGUGCAUCAAAUUGCUGAGAAAGACAAUGCUUCAGGUCCGUGUGGCCGUAGAGGUCAUCCAUUGUAAAAGCCCAAAACACAUGAUUACAGAGGCGAUUGACGGUCUGGAGCCGACGUUAGUCGUCUUGGGCUCUCGAGGCAGAAGUGCUCUGAAGGGAGUUCUCUUGGGAUCCUUUUCCAACUACCUAGUCGCUAAGUCCUCCGUCCCGGUGAUGGUGGCGCGCAAGAAACUCCGAAAGCACGCCAAAUACAAGAACACCCAUAUCCGUCUUUCGAACAACCUCACCACCCCAAGGAAGCUUGCCUUUGCCAAGGUUGACUAGGCAACUGUGUGCCUUUGAAGAUUCCCUGAUUUAAUGCAAUACCCCACUCUCGAUUACGACUGCUUCUCAUGCUAACUACUGGGAAAGGACUGGGUGACUUUUCAAAGGAGCGAUGGGCAUGGUUUUCGGCGCUUUCCGGUCAUAUGUUGAGCUUAGCCAGUUAUUCGACGUCUGUCUGCAUGGCACUGCAGAUCGCUAGUCAUAGCACGUAUUUAAUAUCCAAGAGACAUGGUGUGAUUGAUGAAAGAAGUCC